AGAACAAAAAAAAUAGUUAUGGUAAAGAAAUGGAUUGGAAGAAAUUGAACUGGUUUGCUAAAAAGGUGGGAUGGAAACUAAUUUUUGAUUUGAAUGCAUUGACACGUAACAUUCAUGAUGAAUGGGAUCCAGGGAAUAGUUUGCAACUGUUUCGGUUCAAUGAGAAAAUGGGGUUUUCUGUUGAUUGGGAGUUAGGAAAUGAACUCAAUGCCCACCAUCGAUUACAUGGCAGUCAACUUGGAAAAGAUUUCUUGACACUUCGCAAGAUUUUGAACACCUUCUUCACCACCAACUCAAGUUUACUUGUAGGGCCUGAUGUUACACAACCAUCACAUCGCUCUUCACGCCAGUUUCUUAAGACUUUUCUUAAAAAAGCUAACUCUGUUGUGGAUGCAGUCACUUUCCACCAAUACUACUGUAAUGGAAAGACUGCUACUUUGAAGGACUUCCUUGACAUUGACCUCAUGGAUUCGUUGGGAGAGGAAAUUAGCACUGUUAAAGAGAUCGUUAAAGAAACAGGCCCAGCCCAGUCUAUAUGGUUGGGUGAGUCGGGCUCUGCUUGGGGUGGAGGUGCACCUGGUUUGUCAGAUACAUAUAUUGCUGGAUUUCUAUGGCUGGAUAAACUAGGUUUAUCUGCAGCACGAGGUCUGGAUGUAGUACUACGUCAAAGUUUUUACAAUGGUCAUUACGGUAUGAUCACUUCAGAUCUUCAUCCUCUUCCUGAUUUUUGGCUGAGUGUCUUGUAUAAGUGGCUUGUUGGUAGAAGGGUCUUACGAGUGGAUGUUAUGCAAAAGGAACGAAAGCUUCGAGUUUAUGCACAUUGUACAAAACUUGGAAGAAUCUAUAAAACUCCUGGAGCAGUAACACUUCUUGUUAUCAAUGUUUAUAAUGUCACAGCAAAGCUAAUUCUGAAACUUGACACAAGAAUGGAAUCUCCAAUAGAUGCCUACCUUUUAACACCUAUUGGAUCGUAUGGACUACAAUCAAAGAACGUGGCUCUGAAUGGAAAGCUUCUUAAGAUGGUCAGAGAAGACAAGCUUCCCCACUUUCUACCAAAGAGAUUACCACCAAAUUCUCCUAUUGAGAUACCCCCUUUAAGUUAUGGAUUGUAUGUACUACCUUUACUGAAUGGUACAGCAUGUAUUAAUUAGGUCUGGAAUGAAAUAAAACAUGUUAAAAAUG